AUGUACUUCCCUUCUAGGGAGCGAUUUAUAUUUAACAAAGCCCGACUGACGGCAAUGUUAAUUAGCGGUCUUUCUUGGCACACCUCGGAUGAUGCCCUGCGUCAGGGGUUUGAACAAUUUGGUGAGAUCCAGGAAGCCAUUGUGGUGAAGGACCGCGCGACUUUGCGCAGCCGUGGCUUUGGCUUUGUUCGAUUUGCUACAGAUGCUGAAGCGGAUGCUGCCAUGAAUGCCAUGAACAAUCAAGAAUUCGACGGACGUGUCAUUCGUGUUGACAAGGCGUUUGACCGCCCCCAACGUCCCGAGGGAGGCUUCCAGGGCCGAGGUGGAUACAAUUCACAACCCACAAGCGGAUACGCGGGUGGUGGUUAUGCUGCAGGUGGCUACAAUAAUGGUGGCGGAUAUGGCGGUGGAUACAACCGGGGCGGUUACGGCAACGGCCCCGGUGGUCCCGCCAGCUACAGCGGGACGGGUGGUUAUGGGGGUGGCUAUGUCAAUUAUACUAAUGCUCACAUAGGCGGUGGCGCUAACACCGGAUACGGUGGUGGCGGAGGCUGGCGUGGCCAGAACAGCGAACAGGCUCCUCAAGAUGGACAUCACACCCAUUAG